CUGCCGUAUAAUGAACUGUUAGUCAAUAACCCACACGUAACUGCCGGAUAUUCUAUUUUCGAGAAUUAAUCAUUUCUUCUCAUAUGUAGAAACGGGUAUCCUGUGUGUGUGUGUGUUUGUAUGCACAUACACACACACACACACACACACACACACACACCAUAAAUUCAUUAUAUCUGUUAUAGUCACAGCGUUUUUAUACUUGUGAUAAAAGUAGUAAGCAAGUGGGCGUGAUAAACACGCCGGUCUCGUGUGCUCGGCUGAAUUGAAAUGCAAUUUUUAAAAAGGAGGUGUUGAAUUUCAACAGCAGACCUGCGUGAUGUUGAACUGAGACUCACUUCAUGCAGCUGGAUGGAGGCUCCGAGGGGCGAGCAGAGACAAGGUCAACCUUAUGUACAGCUCAAAUAGCUUUUCUGUUUAUUUUCAUUGAAUGAGCAUCGCUAACAAAAAGUGGCAUGGCUUUAAAGUCAUACCUGUGUGGGCAGUGUAAUGUACUAACGGUUAAUAGUAUUUUUUUUAAAGUAAAUAUGUCGAGAAUCUGAGCAUUGCUUCUAGAUAUUUUUACAGUUAUGGAUAGUUUGGAGGAGAAGUGUGUUUAAAAAACUCAAGCUCAGGAACUCAAAACUCUAAAUAAGCAUUUCCUAAAACAUCUAACACGCAAGCUAAUCGGACAGUGGAUUGUGCAAACUGAAUUCUCCCUGCUGGUGGAUACUAUUGUUUACAUCCAGCCAUUAAAUCACAGGGCAGAGGACACAAACUAGCCCUGAACUGUCUCUUGCAUUUUUCCGACUUAGUCGUUAAAAAUCCAUUUAAAAUGGCAUCCGCUCUGCAGGCAGCUGACAUUGUCGUUGUGACUCUCUAUUUCGUGCUUGUUUUGUCCAUUGGCUUGUUAGCUAUGCGGAAGGCAAACCGGAGUACAGUGAGGGGAUACUUUCUCGCCGGACGGUCCAUGAAUUGGGUCGCCAUAGGGGCAUCUCUGUUUGUUAGUAAUAUUGGCAGUGAGCAUUUUAUUGGCUUGGCGGGAUCUGGGGCAAUGAGCGGGUACGCACCUGGUGCCUGGGAAUUCAACGCAGUGUUCCUCCUGCAGCUCCUGGGCUGGGUCUUCAUCCCGGUAUACAUCAGCUCGGGGUUGUAUACUAUGCCGGAGUAUCUCUCAAAGCGUUAUGGUGGCAGUCGACUCAAAGUCUAUUUUGCCGCUCUCUCGUUGGUCCUUUAUAUCUUUACCAAGCUGUCUGUGGACCUAUAUGCAGGUGCCCUAUUCAUUCAGGAGUCUAUGGGCUGGAACCUGUACUUGUCUGUGAUCCUUCUGAUCAGUAUGACCGCCCUGCUGACAGUAACAGGGGGGCUGGUGGCUGUCAUCUAUACAGACACCUUUCAGGCCACCCUCAUGAUCAUUGGAGCCGUCAUCCUUAGCGUCAUGAGCAUGGUCAAAGUCGGAGGCAUGGAGGGUUUGAAGAUGAAGUAUAUGCAGGCCACUCCAAAUGUCAGCGCCAUCCUGGCGAGCACUAACUUGACGUAUACCAACACGUGCGACAUCCAUCCCAAACCGCUGGCUUUCAAGCUGCUGCGUGGCCCUUCAGACGAGGAUGUUCCCUGGCCCGGCUUCCUCCUGGGCCAGAUGCCAGCAUCUAUCUGGUACUGGUGUACGGAUCAAGUCAUCGUUCAGAGGGUGCUAGCUGCCAAGAACAUUGCUCACGCCAAAGGUUCGACUCUGAUGGCGGGAUUUUUGAAGAUCUUGCCCAUGUUUAUCAUUGUAAUGCCUGGAAUGAUUUCUCGGGUCCUCUUCACUGAUGAGAUUGUUUGCAUCAGCCCUGAACACUGCAUGCAGGUGUGUGGCAAUCAAGCCGGAUGCUCCAACAUCGCCUAUCCUCGGCUGGUCAUGAACAUCAUGCCCGUGGGCCUUCGAGGCCUUAUGAUGGCCGUGAUGAUCGCGGCUCUGAUGAGCGAUCUGGACUCUGUCUUCAAUAGUGCCAGCACCAUCUUUACUCUCGACAUCUACAAGAUGCUGAGGAGGAGCGCAUCGCCUCAGGAGCUGGUGAUGGUUGGCCGGCUCUUUGUGGUGUUGAUGGUAGCCAUUGGCAUCAUGUGGGUCCCUGUCAUUGUCGAGAUGCAUGGCGGACAGAUGUACCUGUACAUUCAGGAGGUGUCUGACUACCUCACCCCACCGAUUGCAGCCCUUUUCCUCCUGGGGGUAUUUUGGAAACGCUGUAAUGAGACUGGUGCCUUCUGGGGAGGGGUGACCGGCUCUGUUUUGGGGGUUAUGCGUUUGGCCCUUGCAUUCAUCUACAAGGAACCGUGCUGUAAUCAGACAGAUGAGAGGCCGGCCUUCAUUGCUCAUUUCCACUUCAUGUAUGUGGCAGCCGUCCUAUUCUGGAUAUCGGGAUUGGUGGCAGUGGUAGUCAGUUUGUGCACUCCACCACCAAGCAAAGAGCAGAUCCACAGCACCACUCUGUGGGGCCUACGCCAUAAAGCAGAAUGGUGCAUUAAAAAUAAGGAGAAAACUAGCAAUAAACAGGUCUACUGCAACAGUGAUGACAGCUGCCACAAACAGCCGGCGCAAGGAGAUGUUCAGAUAGAGUUGUGCCCCAACAGGUCAGACCUCAAGCUGCCUGCUCCUGCUUUUGACACCCCACUGGUCUCUAACCACCAGGUUUCUGCACCCCUGGAACAGCCAGAAAAUGGUCACGUGGGAACGGUGGGCCAAGACAGCUCAGAAUGUGUCAGAAGUAGUGGGGAGAGGGGGAAGUGCAAGAAGAAGACAGAAUGGUUUUGUGGAAACACGGAUAACAUUGAGAAAGAUCAACCAAAAGCAGUGGAGGAGGAGAUCCUCAGUGCGAUGUUGUAUGAACCUUGGACAACCAAGGUGAUUCUUAACAUAUUUCUGUUUUUAAUAUGUGUUGUGGGGUUCUUCCUCUUUAUCUUCUUCUCAUUGUAGAGAGAUGCUGUCCCUGAAUUAGUUGGAAACAUGGCGAUGUUUUAUGAGGUGCCAUCUGGCUUGUGUUGACUUCUGGUAGCCUUAUUGACAGCAUUUACCCAGAAUAUCCUGCAUUCUGUCUGCUUCUUUAAGGAUGUUUGUUGUUGUGGUGAGUUUUUCCAGAUAAGGGAUGCUGUUUAGAUGGAUUAAGUGGUAUAGAUAAUGGAUGGAUGGAUGGAUGGGAUGCUGUUUACCAUUUCUUUCCUCCUUUUGCAACAGUGUCAUCUAGCCCCUUGUGAGUCCUGUGUUAAUCUGAGUGUCCCUGACAGAAGUUAAAUCACUCCAAACGUAUAGCUCCUACUGUUCCUAGUGCAUGCAAGCCUGCUACACAUGCAAAAAGUUUCUUGGCAUGAUUUUGUGUUUGAGUCCUUUUUAAGUCAUCUUUGUAUUUUAGCAGUUUUCUGCUUCUGUAAUAAGCUUAAGAUACCAUAGAAAAUGUAUCCAUCCCUCUUCUAUAACUGCAUAUUCAAUGCAGGGUUGCAGUGUUUUCACAGAUUAGUGUAUUUAAACUGCCUUAUUCUACUCUGUAUACUUAUUUUUUCCAUUUUGUGUGUGGUCCUUAUAGACAUUGCCCCCAAGAUUCAGUUAUUUACUUUGGAUAAAAUAACCAUGUUGCUUGCAUUCAAGCUGUAAAUAUAUGUCUCAUAACAUUCUUUACCCUAAAAAAUUAAUACCCAAAAUGUGUAAUGCGAAAGGGUUCUGACGUGCUGAGGUUUUUGAGCGCAAACAUUAUAUGUUUACACCAAAUAGCUUGGCCAUGAAAUGUGUUUGGACUUUUAGUAUUUUUAAAUACAUAUAUGCACACAGGAACAUUAAAACAGUCUCAUUUUAAACACAUGGCCUCAUCCCCAGUGUCCCUUAUGAACCGCAAGCAAACUGAAGAAACUCAGAACUUUUCAGAAUUUAUGCAAUAUAAAAAAGUUUUAUAAACGGAAUUUAUAUCACAUAUAUUUAUAUUUCCCAUCCAUGGUGUACUCCAGCCUUGU